UAACUCUUACUGUCAACUGUCAAAAAGUUGUUUAACGUUGCCUUGCUAUGUCGACACGCGAAAUUCUAACUCUGCAAUUUGGCCAUUAUUCAAAUCAUGUUGGGACACAUUUCUGGAAUAUACAGGAACUUAGUUUUGACUACACAGGCACUGAAAAAAGUGAAUGCAACAACGAUAUUUUAUAUCGGGAAGGGCGAAAUACCAAGGGGGAGAUCACUUAUACACCUAGACUUCUAAUAUCUGAUUUGAGAGAUAGCUUGAAAUCUUUACCGGCUAAUGGUGGUUUACCAGACGAAGAUGUACAGGAAGACUUUAAAUGGGGUGCUGUUGAAAAAAUCCAAGAGCCAGUUGCACAAAAGAAUGAAUAUUUAGCAGAUAUUGACAAGAAAUCUCUGCAUGAAAUACUUUCAAAACAAUACCAGUUAGAAAAUCAGAUAAGUACAUGGACAGAUUAUUUAUAUCCUAGAUUACAUUCAAGAACAAUAAAUGUUGUUAAAGAAUACCAACAAGGCUCUAAUGAAAGUUUUGAUAUCUACCACACUGGUCAAUCUUUGUGGAAAAAGGACUAUGGCGAAUCAUUUUCUGAUAAAAUUAGAAACUAUGUUGAGGAAUGUGACAGUAUCCAAGGUUUCCAUGUCAACUUUGAUUGUGUUGAUGGAUUUGCGGGCUUAGCUCUUGGCUGUAUUGAACAUUUGACUGAUGAAUAUUCAAAAUCAAUACUAGCCCAUCCAAUAAUUCCUUCUUAUUUCCCCGAUAGUGAUCCUUCCACAGAUGAAGAAAAAGAAAUCUCUACUGGAAAAGAUACACAAAGAAUAGUCAACAUUGCAUUCUCCUUGAGUGAACUGACACAACUGGCAACACUGUUUGUUCCUCUUUGCACCGGUAGUAAAGGAUGGAGGAAACCAGGCAAGCCAAUAGUAUUUGAUUAUUUGAACUAUAAGCCAGAGCUGUACUACCAUUCCGCUAGUAUUUUAGCAUCAGCUUUAGACACAUUAAGUUACAAAUACAGGCUUAAAUCUAAUAUUUACACAUUGUCUGAUGCAUGUGCUGAUAUGAACGGAUACGGAAGAAAGAUGGCAGCAGCAUCACUGAGACUGCCAUUUGCUAUACCUGAAGAACAAUAUAUAAAUGAAUUUUUAGAGCUCAAUGAAAAAUCACUUUACACACCAAUAACACCCAGUUGUGAAAUAGCUCCUGAUAAAAUAUUCCAACUUAUUACAAUCAGAGGAAUUGAAGAAUACUUAAUGAAAAGAGAUGAAAGAAAUCCUAGAUACAGUAAUAUCAAAGAAAUGUUUGAAUUGUAUUUUCAAGCAAAUCAUUUUCUUUCUGCUACGAAUGUAACAAUAUGUGAAAAGCCAUUACAAAUAAAACCACCAUUUCCAAAUAUAUUCUCAGAUAAGUUGAACAAAUUUGGUUUUGUUACAAAUGAGAAAAAUCAAACAAAAGUUGAGAGUUGCGCUUUGAUGGCUGGAUACCAUAAUGGUAACUUUUUGUCAAACACUAUUGAAAGUUUGAGAAAGGAAGUGGGCAGGAUAAAGUUUGCUAAAUUACAUAAGUUCAGCGGAGAAGGUUGUGAAGCUGAAGAAUUUAAGGAGCGAUUAGAAACACUAUCAGAAUUCCAAAAUAAUUACGAAGAAUGUUUAGAAUUAUAAUUGUUAAGUACUUCAUUCAUGUUAUUGGACUGAUUCUUAUAGUACGUAAUGUAUGUAUGAACUGUGAGCAUAUAU